CUGUACCUGUCACCGAGGAGACUGUCAUGGCCGCCUUGAGGCAGCUGUACAGACGCGUCUGCAACCUGCGGCUGGUGUACCGCAAGAACAGCGACGGCGAGACUUGCUUCGCACAAAUGAAGGAGGAGAAGAUUGAUUUACAGACAAUCGAGGCCGAUGAUGUGCAAGAAACCUUCAUCCAGCUCUCCCGGACCAGCUUCAACGGGACCGUCGGCCCCUUGUGGAGGGUGAGGAUGACCACAUCAACCUCCAUAAGUGUUCAUGACAAGUCGGAGUCACCUAGUACGAAAUCCAGUGCAUUUGGGUAUGAAAAUCACGUUUUGUUCGGCUUUCAUCACGGAAUAACAGAUGGCUUUACUUCAGUUAGGCUAAUUGGCCAUUUUAUGAACUUUUUGAAUAAAGCGAUAGCGGGCGACUUGGUUGACUCAAGUGAACAACUCGCAGAACUGGCGGAUGUUGACCUCAAUAACAUGGAAGUGUUGCAAAAGGUUAUGUUCCAGAUGGCCGAUCCUAUAGAGAAAGGAAAACUGGAAAAGGAGUUCAAUAGCUACGCUGAAGUAAAACCGGUGUUCCUGAAAGCCAUACCUGCACUCGGAGAGGUGGAGAACACAACCCUAAGCCUUCGCCAUGACUUCGACGAGGCGUCGACCAAGAAGUUCCUGUCGCUGUGCAAGAGCAACGGCGUCUCGUGCCACUCUGGGUUCACCACCGUCCUCAAAGUCGCGUUGCUGGAACUGGUCCAGUCCCAUGGGCUGGAUCAGGAGGAGUACGAGAUGCUGACUAUGCACGUAACUAAUGGAAGGAGGUACUGGGACACCAUUAAGAUUGAUACCGAGCGACAAUACGGUGCAUGUUUCAUUGCGACACCUCUGAGGAUGAAACUCCCAAAAAAUGCCCAAGAAAAUUUCUGGAUUCAUGCAAAGGAGUUGCAUAAAACUUUCCAUUCUAAUCUUAAAAACGUAUUUUCUUUCAAGUAUAUUAUCAUCGCUGUCGCUGCUCAAGGCCUAAGUGCGGGAUUUGACGAAAUGCAGAAACUCUCUAACACUGAUUCUAGUAGCCUUGAUACUGCUGGUGCAAACACAAAUGACACUAGCAGUGCUAGCCCCAACCCCACCAUCGACUCUGGCAAUGGCCAAAAUCAAAUGCGGACUCUGAAUUCGUUCGACACGACCAACAUGGGCGACGUCACCGACUUCCUGUCGGGAAAAUUCGCCAAGCAAAACGGAGAGCCAGCAAACGAGUACGCCGUCGUCAGCGACGUCACGCGGCUGACUUCGACUCACGCUCACAAAGGGAACAUUUGUUCGCAUGUCUUCCACACGUACAACGGCAGACUCAUGUACAGCCUGGCGUACAACACGUACUACAUGACGAACGCCACGGCAGCGGAGUACGUCAGGAUCAUCGCUGACGUCAUGCAGUCCCUCCUCUGAUGCUAUAGAAUACGUCAGGACCAUCGCUGACGUCAUACAAUCCCUCCUCUGAUGCUAUAGAAUACGUCAGGACCAUCGCUGACGUCAUGCAGUCCCUCCUCUGA